AAAAAAUACGGAUAGCAAUCCUCUGUGUCUAGUCGACGUGGAACCAUCGAUCCUCUUGCCUUUUGGCCAAAACCAAACCCGAAAAACAAUUAUCAACCCUCAGAAUGAUAAUUUAUCAAGAAAUUAGUCUAACAAUAUUUCUCCUCUUGUGUACUCAAUCGAUCGCGAACGAAAGAAUUCGAGUACCAUCGCAUCUUCAGGAUGUCAAUUCAUGGAGUUCGAGAUUUUUGCAUUUCAUUCUCUCUGGCAUCACCGAACAGAGAAAUUCUACAAUGCUUGAAAUGUGUUCAAGUUCGCCGACAUUUGCAGAAUCAGUUUUCCAUCGAGUAACCACAGAAAUGCAUAAAUUCUCGGGUGAUAUGGAGGACACGUCGAAUGCGUUAGCUAAUCGUCAGCGAAGUCGAGUAAAUCCACUGAACGAAUUUGUGCAGGACACCCUGUUCGACGAUACCGUUGGGGGAAUGCUUGAAGCAACAGGAGUUAUCAAAUUUGUGUACAAACAAUUUCUUCAGGAAUUACCAACACUAACUAAACAAGACCUGUGUCGUUUGGCAUCUGAGCUACUGUAUAGUGAGAACGGAUUGAGCGCAGAACUCGAUAAGUUGCGGGAUUUUAUGGAACCGACUACGAAGAACUCGCCGUCGACGUUGCAGUUAAUGAUCAGGAGUUUCAAAGAGCCGGCACAGUCGGCAUGUAGCACCGGCCAUUCAUCGAUGGAAUAUUUUCAUUCGAUUUAUAGUGAACUUUUCUCGGCCGAGGUGAAGGCUUUCGUGAUGCAAACCAUGGUCCUUCGUUUUUUAUCUUCCUUCAGUGAUCCUGAAAAGACCUGUGCAGUCAAAUCCAAAAUGGGAAAUAUAGCAUUGGUAGAUUUACAAAAAAAAUUCGAGGACCAUAUCGCGAUAUAUAACAAUGAAUUUAUUCCAAGGAUGAAGAACCUGUCGAGGGAAUUUCAUUCUUGUGAUGAAGGCAAACUUGUAAGAUAUGAAACCUUUUUGGAAUUAGAGGGCCUCUAUCAGGGAAUCCUGCACUUACCCCUUCAUGCAGAUGUUGGGUACCUGGACUAUUCAACGACUCUCUGCGAUGUAGUUGAUACUUAUUCCAACAGUUCAAAAUUGUCAAAAUUUUUUUGCGAUCCCACAACCAAAUUUUGUGUCAUCCCUGAACAUCGCCCCUGUCAUGGACGCACUUGGCAAUGUUCAUCUUAUGCUUGGGCAGAGGCAUGUCGAGAUAGACGAGGGCCACGUCGGUACCGCUGGGUGCGGUUAAACAACGAUGAACGACCAGAAAGUUUUUUUCAGUGUCCUCCCAACGAAAAAAUAUCAUUAUCAUUCUGGAGAUUAAAAAAACCAUGCAUUUGCCAGUGCAUGGACAACACUCUUGGAUCUUUUUCAAUUCAUGUAAUCAAUUUACAACCUGUCAAGUCUGAUGUGGCGAAUAAUAUGAUAAUCACAGGCAUUAAAUUUGUGGUAAAGAAUGGUAUUCUGCAAUUCCAAAUUCAACAAGGUCAAUUGGGUAGGAAUUGGCAAGUUGAUAAUGUAGCAUGGAAACCCAUCAAUGAUAUUGGGGAAAAGGUACGAGCAGCUAGAUCAGGAAUAGAACCAAAAAAAAAAAAAUUCGGAGUUCAAGAAAAUAUAGAUUUCCUAAUUAUCACAAUAGGAGAAAAUCAUGGAAUUAAUUUCGAUGAUUUGCAAGUCCCUUUUGGAUAUGUACUCACUGGAGUCAGAUUUAUCCUGGCCAAUAGGACAUCAGAAAAGCCCCCCCAGAGAGUGGAAAUUGCUUUGAUAGCAUCUGAAUUCGAUCCAGUCUCCGGAAAAUUAUGUACCACAUGCAGAACGAAGACAAUUCGAUCUUCUACCACACAUAACCAAAAAUAUCCACUAAAAAUCGACAUGGGCCCUCGCUUUCCAACAAUUCCUGCUUCUGCUACUAACCAGUAUGUUGUUGUUACAACAUCAACUUUUGAGGACGAUGGAGCUCAAACGACAUUACCCCUCUUCGAUGCUCUACCUCUUGAAACUAAUCCACCAUCACCAGUAGGUGGAUUGGGCCUUUUUCAUAAGGCAGCACCACCUCCAGCUGUGUUUACUGGGUUUAUAUCAUUGAAAUUCUUUUCACUUGAUUAUGCUAAGUACAUGGAAACAGCGAAACUAAAUGUAUCCCAAUAUGAAAUCCCAUAUAACUCUCCUGUUAAUUGAGGAAAAUUUAUAAAUAAAAAAAAUAUCGAAAGGAGUAAAAAUAUUCUCCUCAUUAAAGUGAAAAUAAUCAACA